UAACCGGAAGCUCAAAGCUGCUGUGUAAUGGUUCAGUUUGGUCGGUGAAGAAGCUCGGUAUUUUUGUGAUAAACGAUUUAAUAACAGAUUAAAUAUGCCGGAUUAUUUAGGAGAAGACCAAAGGAAGACUAAGGAAGAAGAGAAGGAUGAUUCACCCAUCAGAGCUUUGGAUGAAGGGGAUAUCGCUCUGCUGAAAACAUAUGGUCAAAGCACGUACUCUAGACAGAUCAAACAAGUCGAAGAUGACAUCCAGCAGCUGCUUAAAAAGAUCAAUGAGCUGACAGGCAUCAAGGAGUCAGACACAGGCCUGGCUCCUCCAGCUCUCUGGGAUCUGGCUGCCGACAAACAGACACUGCAGAGUGAACAGCCACUGCAGGUAGCAAGAUGCACAAAAAUAAUAAACGCAGACUCAGAGGACCCCAAAUACAUCAUCAACGUCAAACAGUUUGCAAAGUUUGUAGUGGACCUGAGCGAUCAGGUGGCUCCCACUGACAUAGAGGAGGGCAUGAGAGUCGGUGUUGACAGAAACAAGUACCAGAUCCACAUUCCUCUGCCUCCUAAGAUUGACCCCACUGUCACCAUGAUGCAGGUUGAAGAGAAGCCUGAUGUGACCUACAGUGAUGUUGGUGGAUGUAAGGAGCAGAUUGAGAAGCUGAGAGAGGUGGUGGAGACUCCACUGCUUCAUCCUGAGAGGUUUGUCAACCUGGGUAUCGAGCCUCCUAAAGGUGUGCUGCUGUUUGGGCCACCCGGCACAGGAAAGACCCUUUGUGCCCGAGCUGUGGCUAACAGAACGGACGCCUGCUUCAUCAGAGUCAUCGGCUCUGAACUGGUUCAGAAGUAUGUGGGAGAGGGAGCCAGGAUGGUGCGUGAGCUGUUUGAGAUGGCCAGGACUAAGAAGGCUUGUCUGAUCUUCUUUGAUGAAAUCGAUGCUAUUGGAGGUGCUCGAUUUGAUGACGGUGCUGGUGGAGACAAUGAAGUCCAGAGGACCAUGCUGGAGCUCAUCAACCAGCUGGACGGCUUUGACCCCCGAGGAAACAUCAAAGUCCUGAUGGCCACCAACAGACCCGACACCUUGGACCCAGCCCUGAUGAGACCCGGGCGUCUGGACAGAAAGAUCGAAUUCAGCCUGCCCGACCUGGAGGGUCGCACACACAUCUUCAAGAUUCACGCCCGCUCCAUGAGUGUGGAGAGAGACAUUCGCUUUGAGCUGCUGGCUCGGCUCUGCCCCAACAGCACCGGUGCUGAGAUCCGCAGCGUGUGCACAGAGGCCGGCAUGUUCGCCAUCAGAGCUCGCAGGAAGAUCGCCACCGAGAAGGAUUUCCUAGAGGCCGUCAACAAGGUCAUCAAGUCCUACGCUAAGUUCAGCGCCACCCCGAGAUACAUGACCUACAACUGAAGAGUGUGUGUGAGAGAGAAUCCUGUUUGGCUUUUUACUGUCAAACAAGUAAAAAAUACAGUCCUUUUCUGUCAUUGUUCACUUAAAAAUAAAGUUUAUUCCAGA